AUGAACACUUUGAUGAAACAAAAAAUAGUAUUUCUUGGAGAUUCUUCUGUUGGAAAGACGUGCAUUAUUGGAAGGUUUAUGACUGGUGAUUUCAGUACUGGAUAUGAAGCAACAAUUGGUACUGAUUUUUCUACUAAAACUAUGACAUUUCAAAAUAAAUCUAUUCAAUUACAGAUUUGGGAUACUGCAGGACAAGAAAGAUAUCGAUCAUUAAUCCCAAGUUAUAUUAGAGAUUCAUCAGCAGCAGUGAUAGUUUAUGAUAUUAAUGAUAGACAAAGUUUUGAGAAUGUAGAUAAAUGGAUUGAGGAUGUACGUUCCAAAGAAAAGGGAGAAAUUUUCUUAUUUUUGGUUGGAAAUAAAUUGGACUUAGGACACCGAGAAGUUACACAAAAAGAGGCAUUGGCAAAGGGGCAGAACUAUCAAUGCACUUGCUUUGAAACUAGUGCUAAAACUAAUAUCAAUAUCACUGAAUUAUUCAAUGCAAUCACAGAAAAAUUAAGUACAUUAGAGCCACCAGUUGAAGAGCACAUUGAGACUGUUUCAAUUGGAAAUAAGAAAGCUGAGAAUGAAAGUAAUGGAGGAUGUUGUUGA